AUGGGUCGUAAAAAGAGGAAGCUCAUCAAGCCCUGGUGCUGGUAUUGCAAUCGAGAUUUCGAAGACGAGAAAAUUCUAAUUCAUCAUCAAAAGGCCAAGCACUUCAAGUGCCCAUUUUGCCAUCGUAAGCUUUUCACUGGACCUGGCCUAUCAAUUCAUUGUAAUGCGGUUCACAAAGAAAAAAUAGACAAAAUUCCAAAUGCUCUUCCUCACAGAUCAAGUAUGGUUAUAGACAUUUAUGGUAUGGCUGGUAUACCUGAGGCGGAUCUACUCGAACAUGAACGACAGAAACUUGGUCUCGACUCUACGACUGGAGAAGAUGAACCUCCAGAAAAGAUGGUGCGUACAGAGGAGCCGUCAACAUCUUUCGCACCACCGCCUCCUCCACCAAUACCCUUCCCCUUCGUUCCACCUGUCGCUGGAAUGAUGCCCUAUGUUACGCCUGCUGUUCCCGGAAGUGUACAACCAUUUAUACCCUCUGGGGUUAUUCCUGCACCCCCACCGCCACCUCCUCCACCAAACACAGAAUCUACGUCAAUUCCGGAGGUCUCCACAACCGAAGCACCUACUUUUCCAGCCUAUUCAGAGGCCGAAAUUGCUAAAAAUUCAGCUCCCAAAGUUGUCAGACCAGUUUCUGGUGUAAAUGGAAUUGAAGUCCUCUUGAUAUAUCCUGAGGAGGACCUAUCAUUGGAAGAACUAAUGGCUGCUAGGCCAAAAUAUCAAGAGAUACUUAAAACUGCAUUACAACCCCAGCCACUUCAACCAGCUUUACAAAAUCCUGGAUUUAUUCCCCCCUAUAUGCAAUUACCACGGGGCGUUCCCGCUACUACUACUGGUAUCCCUUUAGUGCCAGUUCAGCAACCACCUUACGGUGCUCCAGGAUAUCCUCAAACACCUUGGAUGGGUUUACCGAAUGUACGCUUCUAA